AUGGAACCCGCGGCGCCCGCGGGCCAGGCCCGGGCGGCAGCCAGCAAGCUGUCGGAGGCGAUGGGCGCAGUGCUGCAGGAUCCUCGGCGGCAGCGGCGCCUGGUGCUGGUCAUCGUGUGCGUGGCUCUCUUCCUGGACAACAUGCUGUACAUGGUCAUCGUGCCCAUCGUGCCCGACUACAUUGCCCACAUGCAUAAGGCCGGCAGGCCCACCAUGAGCCCCAAAGUGCACACCCUGCAGGCGCCCACUCCAGCCAGUGGCAGUGACAACAUGGGCAACACCUCAGAGUCCCCGACGGAGAGUGAGGACGUGAAGAUCGGGGUGCUGUUUGCCUCCAAGGCCAUCCUGCAGCUGCUGGUGAACCCCCUGAGUGGGCCCUUCAUUGACCGUAUGAGCUACGACGUGCCGCUGCUUAUCGGCCUGGGCGUCUUGUUCGCCUCCACCGUGCUGUUCGCGUUCGCGGAGGACUAUGCUAUGCUCUUCGCUGCACGCAGCCUGCAAGGCCUGGGCUCAGCCUUUGCGGAUACGUCCGGCAUUGCCAUGAUCGCCGACAAGUAUCCUGAAGAGCCGGAGCGCAGUCGUGCGUUGGGCGUGGCGCUGGCCUUCAUCAGCUUCGGGAGUCUGGUGGCGCCACCCUUCGGGGGCUUCCUCUACGGGUUCGCGGGCAAGCCUGUGCCCUUUCUGGUGCUCGCCGCUGUUUCGCUGCUCGACGCGCUGUUGCUGCUGGUGGUGGCCAAGCCCUUCUCGGCCGUGACGCGGGCGCGAGCCAACCUGCCGGUAGGCACACCCAUCCACCGCCUCAUGCUGGACCCUUACAUCGCCGUGGUGGCCGGGGCGCUCACCACCUGCAACAUCCCCCUCGCCUUCCUCGAGCCCACCAUCGCCACGUGGAUGGAGCACACGAUGGCGGCGUCUGAAUGGCAGACGGGCAUGGCCUGGCUGCCAGCUUUCGUGCCGCAUGUGCUAGGUGUCUACCUCACCGUGCGCCUGGCGGCGCGCUAUCCACACCUGCAGUGGCUGUACGGAGCACUAGGGCUGGCAGUGAUCGGCGCCAGCUCUUGCGUGGUGCCUGCCUGCCGCUCCUUCGCACCACUGGUGAUCUCACUCUGCGGCCUCUGCUUCGGCAUCGCGCUAGUUGACACGGCACUGCUGCCCACGCUCGCCUUUCUCGUGGACGUGCGCCACGUCUCGGUCUACGGCAGCGUCUAUGCCAUCGCCGACAUCUCCUAUUCCGUGGCCUAUGCUCUCGGGCCCAUAGUGGCGGGGCACAUAGUGCACUCGCUUGGUUUUGUGCAACUUAGCCUUGGCAUGGGCCUGGCCAACCUGCUCUACGCGCCGGUCCUGCUGCUGCUGCGCAACGUGGGCCUCCUGAGGCGCUCCCGCUCUGAGCGCGACGUGCUGCUGGAUGAGCCCCCGCAGGGUCUGUAUGAUGCUGUGCGCCUGCGUGAGCGCCCUGUGGCCGACCCAGACGGCGCCCCUCGAAGCCCUUCGGGCCCCUUUGACGAGUGCGAGGACGUCUACAACAAUUACUACACCCACAGCUAG